GAUGACAGUAUAAGCGAGUCUGAGCCUGAUCCAGUAACAACUGACGAAAUCACUGAACCUGAUCCAGUAACACCCAAUGAAAGUAUAAACCAGUCUGAGUCUAAGCCAGUAACAACUGACGAAUUCACUCAGCCUGAACCACUGCUGCCUAACGAAACUACUCAAACUGAUCCACUGCUGUCUAACGAAACUACUCAAACUGAUCCACUGCUGUCUAACGAAAGUAUAAACCAGCCUGAGUCUAAACCAGUAACAUCUAACGAAACCACUCAGCCUGAUCCACUGCUACCUAAUGAAAGUAUAAGCCAGUCUGAGUCUAAACCAGUAACAUCUAACGAAACUACUGAUUCUGAUCCAGUAACAACCGAUGAAUUCACUGAUUCUGAUCCAGUAACAUCUGGUGAAACUACUGAGUCUGAUCCCGUAACAUCUAACGAAACUACUGAGUCUGAUCCAGUAACAUCCGAUGAAUUCACUGAUUCUGAUCUAGUAACAUCUGGUGAAACUACCGAUUCUGAUCCAGUAACAUCUGAUGAAACUACUGAUUCUGAUUCAGCAACAUCUGACUAUUUUACUGAUUCUGAUCUAGUAACAUCUGAUGACAGUAUAAGCGAGUCUGAGUCUGAUCCAGCAACAUCUGAUGAUAGUAUAAGCGAGUCUGAGUCUGAUCCAGUAACAUCCGAUGACAGUAUAAGCGAGUCUGAGCCUGAUCCAGUAACAACUGACGAAAUCACUGAACCUGAUCCAGUAACACCCAAUGAAAGUAUAAACCAGUCUGAGUCUAAGCCAGUAACAACUGACGAAUUCACUCAGCCUGAACCACUGCUGCCUAACGAAACUACUCAAACUGAUCCACUGCUGUCUAACGAAACUACUCAAACUGAUCCACUGCUGUCUAACGAAAGUAUAAACCAGCCUGAGUCUAAACCAGUAACAUCUAACGAAACCACUCAGCCUGAUCCACUGCUACCUAAUGAAAGUAUAAGCCAGUCUGAGUCUAAACCAGUAACAUCUAACGAAACUACUGAUUCUGAUCCAGUAACAACCGAUGAAUUCACUGAUUCUGAUCCAGUAACAUCUGGUGAAACUACUGAGUCUGAUCCCGUAACAUCUAACGAAACUACUGAGUCUGAUCCAGUAACAUCCGAUGAAUUCACUGAUUCUGAUCUAGUAACAUCUGGUGAAACUACCGAUUCUGAUCCAGUAACAUCUGAUGAAACUACUGAUUCUGAUUCAGCAACAUCUGACUAUUUUACUGAUUCUGAUCUAGUAACAUCUGAUGACAGUAUAAGCGAGUCUGAGUCUGAUCCAGCAACAUCUGAUGAUAGUAUAAGCGAGUCUGAGUCUGAUCCAGUAACAUCCGAUGACAGUAUAAGCGAGUCUGAGCCUGAUCCAGUAACAACUGACGAAAUCACUGAACCUGAUCCAGUAACACCCAAUGAAAGUAUAAACCAGUUAGAAGACACUCCAGCCAACUUGAAAAAUGAAGCUGAAGAGAAACAAGUAAAUAGUGCUGUGGACGGUGACUUAGUUGAUAAUAAGCCUAUUGAUGGGGAUGCUGAAGUAAAAAAAUCUUCUUUGGAGAGCCCUAGCUCUUCUACUAAAAAGAACAGCCCUCCUGCUAUAGAUGCAUCUGAGAACAAUACUGAACAGAAUGACUCUUCUAGUGGCAAGCUUAAUCUAGUAAACAACACCCAAUGUGUUUCUAGCUCAAACCUUCACAUAUGGUCACUUUCAAGCCUGGCAGAGAAGGAUAUACAAAAGAAUGUAAACUGCUCAGAUAAAGUAUGCGCUAGCGAAAAUGAAAGAAUCGUAGACUUUCUUUUAAAGCACAAUCCACACAUAUUUACCUCCAUCCCAGAAACCUUGUCUGAUGAGUUGCUAAGUGAGUGCGCCUCUCGAGUUGUUUCGCUCACAGUUCUUCUGGAUAAAUACUCGGAUGGCGACCUCUCCAAUGCAUACAACUGGCGCAUGUUUAAAAACCUGGUAGGCUUUGAAGUGGUUGGAGGUGGAAUCAACUCCUCCCCAGACGAAAGUAUAUAUGAUGUUCUUGCUUGCUUGACCUCUAUUUUCUCGUCAUUUGACAAAGAGAAGCAUGUAGUGGUUUUGUCAAACAUGUCUAUUACAAGUGUUGUUUUGGGAGGAAUCCAACUGAUGAAGCCAAACCAGCUAGCAUUCAACGAGACUUCUUACUCUGCCGACAAUACAGAUAUUUCACUCGAUAAUCUUGUUGUUAGCUUACUUCCAGAUCUAAACCAUCUUAUAUUUAGUGGGUUUGAAAUGUCAGGAUGGACAUGCGAUCAAGACCAAGCUGAAAACACUGCAGGCGACAACUUCCUCUCCAUGGCAACUGUUGAGAACUGCAGUAGCCAGCAGGUUCAGGAUUUGCUGUGCUACACCUUCUUUAAAUCUGCCAAAACGCAUGUGCUGAAGAACAACGGCAUCUCUGAUCUAAAAAUCUACACUGAAACACCAUUCUUAUAUGUUCGGCAUCUGGUUCUAAUAGAUGAGCCGGGAUUCACUAAUCUGGCGUUUGCACAUGUAUCCAAACUCUUGUCUAUUGACAGCAUUUGUAUAGUUGGUGGCUCUCUCUCGCUUUCCAUUGAUGCAGAAAUACUCAAUCCUAGCGAAGCAAAGCUGCAGGAGAUUGGAAUUGACUCGCAGUGCAAGCUUUCAAUUCUAGGAGACAUAGAUAGUGAAUGGAUUUCUAAGCUUACACUUUCAGAAUAUGUAUACUCUCCCGGCAAAGUUGCUGAGCGGGUUUUUAGAAUCGGCGUAGACAAAGCUCUUAAAACAUCCUUCCUCUCCAUUGAUAAGUCUUCCUUGUUCUUAACCUAUAAAGACGAGUUUUCACACGCCCCCAUUCUCUCAUCAGCACAGACCUCUCAUCCUAUUUUAGCCAACCUUAUAUUAAACCCUAAGGAUCCUAGCAUAGAGAAGGAAUCUACAGACAGCAUCCAAGCAAAAGCAGCUGCCAUGUAUAAGACAAUCGGGCUAACUGUGUCAUUCACAAAUGAAAGCUUAUUUCCAUGUCCUGCAAUUUGA